CUCAUCGUAUAUAUUAGCACGUGCAUUUCCUUACACACAUUAUUUCUGUUUACUCGUAGGCAGUCAAAGUAGAAAUAUCAACGAGGUAUAAUUUAUUGUGGAAGCCAUGAAGCAACUGAUUGUUUUAUUACUGGUGGUGGUAUGUCAUCUAUUAACCACGGAAACUCGACAUGUUCGAUCUAUGGGAGAAAACUUGGAGAAACGGAACAGAGCUGGUAAAGACAAGCUUAGGACACUACGUCAAUCUUUAACGUCAUCGGUGUUAACAGAUGGUCUAGCUCCGACUAGUGACACUGAUGGUAGUAGCACAUCGACUCGUUUAGAACCGAGAUUAACCACAGAAUGUAAAAAUGUGAAUAAAGAGUACAGAACGGCCAACGGUAGCUGUAAUAAUUUACUACAUCCGUCUUGGGGCCAGGCUGAUGCACCGUAUGUUCGUAUGGCGGCUGAAUGUUACGAUGACGACGACUCCAUACCAAGGCAACUGAGUGCAUCCUUUACGCCUCUACCAAGUGCACGAGCUGUAUGUGAAGCCAUACACGGAUCAUUGAGUAAUCUAUCACCAAGACAUAGUUUGAUGGUUAUGCAAUGGGCGCAGUUUUUGGACCAUGACACGACUUCAACUCCGGCUGAAAAAGUUGUGAAAAGUGAAUGCUGUGAUGGUAUGACUAGCAGUUACGCAUACACCGAAGGAAACUGUUUUCCCAUUUUCAUAUCGAACGAAGACUCCUUUUUCAAGACAAAUUGUUUGAGUUUCGGCAGAUCUAGAUCAUUUGGAAAAGAUUUACCAAGACAACAGUUCAAUAGUAUCACGGCGUUUGUAGAUGGUUCUGUGGUAUAUGGAAGUUCAGAUGAUGAAAUGAUGGCUUUAAGAACUGGCGUAGAUGGACUGUUAGAAACCUCACCCGGUGAUCUAUUACCUGAAGAUACCGAUGCCUCUUGUAGAAAACCAGAAGGUUCCGAUUCCUAUUGCUUUCUAGCAGGUGAUGCACGUGUAAACGUGUUUCCAGGACUAGCUGUGUUACAUACCCUAUUUGUCCGCUUCCAUAACAAGAUCGCAAUGGAAUUAAAACAACUCUCCCAGCUAUCACAGAUAUUUAAGGUCGCGAGAUUAACCGACGAAGACAUCUUCCAGACGUCGAGAAAGAUCGUAUCGGCUGUUAUUCAACACAUCACAUACGACGAAUUUCUACCAGUCCUACUGGGACCAGAACUUAUGAAGAAAUACAAAUUGAAUGCUCCGUACCAUUACGACUCGUCCAUCAACCCGACUAUUAUGAACGAAUUCGCUGCGGCUGCUUUCCGUUUCGGACAUUCAAUGAUUCCAGAUAAUUUGAAGAUCGCUGGAACAGACGUCCCAAUCCACGAACUUUUCUUCCGAACCGAUAGCGUAAUCCACAAUUUUGCCGACAUUGUCAAUAAUCUGGUUUCGGAGCCUAGUGAAAAAAGUGAUCGAUUUGUGACCGAAGAAAUGGCGGAUCGUUUGUUCCAAACGCCUAAUGGUUCUCUCGAUAUAGUCUCGCUCAAUAUCCAAAGAGGUCGUGAUCAUGGAUUGCCUCCCUUCAAUGAGUACCGUGAAGAAUGCGGUCUACCACGACUUUCAUUUUCUGAUCCCGAGUUUGGAAGCUGCGGUGAUCUCCUCUCGAAAGUUUACGAGACCGCUGACGAUGUGGAUAUAUUUGUUGGAGGACUCUGUGAAAGUCCUGCACGUGGUGGUGUAGUGGGACCAACGUUUGGUUGUAUUAUAGGACAACAGUUUCAUAAUUUAAAAUAUGGCGAUCGUUUCUUUUAUGAAAGUACUCAUUCGGCUUCUGGAUUUACUCAAGAUCAAUUAAACAUGAUAAAGAAGAUUCGUUUAUCAAAGAUUCUGUGUGACCAUGGUGGUAUUAAUAGUGUCACAGAGAAUGCAUUUCUAAAAGAAUCAGACAGCAAUCCACGUAAACCAUGUUCAACUAUAUCAAAUUAUAUCCGGUCAUUAUUUGAUAUGUAGACCUUGAACUCUGACCUACUCUAUAUAAGGUGUUGGGAAUAAAAAAAAAGUUUAAAAA